UCUGGGUGGCAGGUUGUAGUUUUGCAGAGUGCAGAAUCAAGACGGGCUGGACGCGUCUGAGGUGACAACUGCUGUUUGCCGAGCGCUUCGUAUUCUUCCUCCCGUCUGCGCUCGUUUGUGUCCAGAGCGGGACAGACUUUCAGUGUGCGUAGUUUGCCCCUAUGUGUACCAGAAUCAAGGCUGCCUAGUUUGAGCCUGAUAGAAUUGACUUUGCAAGUGAGACCUUUAAAAAUCACAUCUGCCAAGAAGUAUGAUUUGAGUGAAACGUAAACUUACACAAGCUUUCAUAUUUAUUUAACCUAAUUUAUCAGCUGUCUUACUCAUAACCUAAGUGGUGCAUGGCUUUGAAGGGGAGGGGUAAGAACUGCAUGUCUUAGAAACUCUGAGAACCUACUGUAUAAUCAGAGCUGUGAAAUCAUUCAUGUGCUGGAAGCCUUAAAGAAUAAACCAGGGACUUUGAUAUCAUGCAACAGAAGACCAAAUUAUUUCUCCAAGCCUUGAAGUAUAGUUUUCCUCACCUUGGGAAAUGCAUGCAGAAACCACGUUCAAAUCACUGUAACUUCACUGAUCAUUAUUACAAUAGAAUAAAAUUGAAAAAAUAUCACCUAACCAAGUGUCUGCAGAAUAAACCCAAGAUAUCAGAGUUAGCAAGAAACAUCCCAAGUCGGAGCUUCUCAUGUAAGGACCUUCUGCCUGUUAAACAAGAAAACAAAAAAUCCUUUUCAGAAAACAUGGAUGCAUUUGAAAAAGUAAGAACAAAAUUGGAAACACAGCCACAAGAAGAAUAUGAAAUCAUCAACGCAGAAAUUAAGCAUGGUGGUUUUGUUUAUUAUCAAGAAGGUUGCUGCUUGGUUCGUUCCAAAGAUGAAGAAGCAGACAGUGAUAAUUAUGAAGUUUUAUUCAAUCUGGAGGAACUUAAAUUAGACCAGCCUUUCAUUGAUUGUAUCAGAGUUGCUCCAGAUGAAAAAUAUGUGGCUGCCAAGAUACGAACUGAGGAUUCUGAAGCAUCUACCUGUAUAAUUGUGAAGCUCAACGAUCAGCCUGUAAUGGAAGCUUCUUUCCCAAAUGUGUCUAGUUUUGAAUGGGUAAAGGAUGAAGAAGAGGAAGAUGUUUUAUUCUACACCUUCCAGAGGAAUCUACGCUGUCACGAUGUGUAUCGAGCCACUUUUGGUGAAAACAAACGUAAUGAACGUUUUUAUACAGAAAAAGACCCGAGCUAUUUUAUUUUCCUUUACCUUACAAAAGACAGUCGUUUCCUCACCAUAAAUAUUAUGAACAAGACUACUUCUGAAGUGUGGUUGAUAGACGGCCUGAGCCCUUGGGACCCACCAGUACUUAUUCAAAAGCGAAUACCUGGGGUUCUUUACUAUGUUGAACACAGAGAUGAUGAAUUGUACAUUCUCACUAAUGUUGGAGAGCCAACAGAAUUCAAGCUAAUGAGAACAGCCGCUGAUACCCCUGCUAUUAUGAACUGGGAUUUAUUUUUCACAAUGAAGAGAAAUACCAAAGUUGUAGACUUUGACAUGUUCAAGGAUCAUUGUGUUCUAUUCCUGAAGCACAGCAACCUACUUUAUGUUAAUGUGAUUGGUCUGGUUGAUGAUUCAGUUCGGUCUCUAAAGCUUCCUCCUUGGGCCUGUGGAUUCAUAAUGGAUACAAAUUCUGACCCAAAGAACUGCCCCUUUCAGCUUUGCUCUCCAAUACGUCCCCCAAAAUAUUACACAUAUAAGUUUGCAGAGGGCAAACUGUUUGAGGAAACUGGGCAUGAAGACCCAAUCACAAAGACAAGUCGUGUUUUACGUCUAGAAGCCAAAAGCAAGGAUGGGAAAUUAGUGCCCAUGACCGUUUUCCAUAAAACGGACUCUGAAGACUUACAGAAGAAACCUCUCUUAGUACAUGUAUAUGGUGCUUACGGAAUGGAUUUAAAAAUGAAUUUCAGACCUGAGAGGCGGGUAUUGGUGGACGAUGGAUGGAUAUUAGCAUAUUGCCAUGUCCGAGGUGGUGGUGAGGUAGGCCUCCAGUGGCACGCAGAUGGCCGUCUAACUAAAAAACUCAAUGGCCUUGCUGAUUUAGAGGCUUGCAUUAGGACGCUUCAUGGCCAAGGCUUUUCUCAGCCAAGUUUAACAGCCCUGACUGCUUUCAGUGCUGGAGGGGUGCUUGUGGGAGCAUUGUGCAAUUCUAGUCCAGACCUCCUGAGAGCUGUGACUUUGGAGGCACCUUUUUUGGAUGUUCUCAACACCAUGAUGGAUACUACACUCCCUCUGACAUUAGAAGAAUUAGAAGAAUGGGGGAACCCGUCAUCUGAUGAAAAACACAAGAACUACAUAAAACGUUACUGUCCCUAUCAAAAUAUUAAACCUCAGCAUUAUCCCUCAAUUCACAUCACAGCAUAUGAAAACGAUGAACGUGUACCUCUGAAAGGAAUUGUAAACUAUACCGAGAAGCUCAGGGAAGCCAUUUCAGAGCAUGCUAAGGACACAGGUGAAGGCUAUCAGACCCCCAAUAUUAUUUUAGAUAUUCAGCCUGGAGGCAAUCAUGUGAUUGAGGAUUCUCACAAAAAGAUUACAGCCCAAAUUAAAUUCCUGUACGAGGAACUUGGACUUGACAGCACCAGUGUUUUCGAGGAUCUUAAAAAGUACCUAAAAUUCUGAAACUCUAUAUUCAACUGGGAUUUGAAAACUUGCUGAAGUAUUUCAUAGUCUCACAUCCAAUUUUGUUAGCUAAAGCAAGAUUUUCAAGUUAUUAAUUUUUUUUUCUAAUUUGCUUUUAUAUCCAAGUUUUGCUUAGUCUACCUCUCAUUUUCAUUUACUGCCCUCUCCAUUGGUGCACAUGCCCGUUAGUCUAGGAACAUUGUUUUUAAAUCAUGCUUCUCAGAAGGACACGGAGUAGGGAGCCAGAGGAGGACUGCUGAUGGUAGAACUCUGGGCCUUCCUUUCAAUCCGAACAAUGUGGUUUUGUCUGUUUUACUGGGAUUUUUUUGAAUGGUUUAUAAGUCCAUGUCUUGCCUCUUUGUAGUGAACAUUUUACACUGUGACAAGUGAGUCAUACUCCAAUUUUUGUGACUGCAUUGUAGAGGAUAAGAUAACAUUUUCACAUUAAAAUUCAUUAGUUUUCUAUUAAUUUGGGGCCCAAGUUGCAAGUUCCUACAGUGGUAAUUUUCUUUUUAACAUUUUAUUAUUCUUUCAAAACAUUUACGUUGAAGCUACAAAACUAAGAAUUAAUGACCAUUCAUGAAGUUUGCACCAACGUGAAGUUUGUGCAAGUGCUUACUAUGUAGCAGAAUUCCAGCAUCUUCAUCUCUUUCGUGACGUGCCUAACACAAACUGUACAAUAUGUUGAAUGCGCUGGAAUAGCAUGCUCGGUUGGAAAUAAAGCAUUUGUCUCUGUAAGCUGUCUGGCGAUGAAGGAGAUUCUUCGUCUUGUGUUCAAGGAUGAAUCCUUCUCCCUUCUCCAGAAAAAUGCCAUUCGUAUCAACUUCACUGCCUUUGUCAGAAUUGGUACUUAAUGUUAUUCUCAGUCUCGCAGGAAGGCCUGAAAUCAUUUCCUGUAGAUUUAGUAGUGUUGCUUGUCCAAAAUUCAGAACCACAAUAAAGAUUCUGUCUAUGCCAU